AUGGUUUCAGUCGAAGAGCAGUCGAAGAGACGGCAAAUAUUUGAGAAAAACUAUCGGUUUAUUGUCGACCAUAACAGGGAUGCGGACAAUGGUUUGCAUACCUAUCGAUUGGCUGUCAAUCAGUUCGCGGACAUCACUCACGAGGAAUAUCUCCAGAGGUUUGCACUUCACUCGAGACCAACGUUUGGGAAAAGGAUGGAAAGUAAAGGCAAAACAGUUAUCAAUAGUAUUGCUAAUGAAUUACCCAUAAGUGUCGACUGGAGGGACAAACAUGUGGUGACGCGUGUAAAGGAUCAGUUGGAUGUAUGUAACAAAUCAUACCUUAGUCAAUUGGCGUUAAAAACGGGCAAUCUGACCGAGCUAUCAGUGCAAAACGUGGCCGACUGUAUAUACCCUGGUAAAUUACACGAUUUAAACUGUUUCAUCGGUGGGUAUAUGCACGAGGCCUAUGAGGUUAUCAUGAAAUACGGUGGCGUCGAGGCGGACAUCACCUCUCCCUAUAAGGCCUAUUCAUACAACUGUAGCUAUCGCGAGGAGUACAGGAGGGCCGCCAUCACAGGCUAUGUGAACGUAACCACGGGUGACGAGAGGGCCCUCCAGGAGGCUGUGGCCAGAGUGGGACCGGUGGCUAUCGGUGUGGACGCAUCGCAGGAGACGUUCAAGUUUUAUAAGUCCGGAGUUUAUGUGGAGCCCAAGUGUAAGAACGGGUUUAAGGACUUACACCACGCGAUGGUAGUCGUGGGUUACGGCGCCGACAAUGGGGUAGACUAUUGGCUGAUGAAAAACUCGUGGGGUUUGGCGUACGGCGACGCGGGGUAUAUCAAAAUGGCCCGCAAUCGUGACAACCAGUGCGGUGUCGCCACCUAUGCUCUGUACCCAACGGGUGUGCAUUAA